AUGGCUGACGACUAUAACAACUCUUCUACCCUCGGCUUGACUUUCGAGUCAACCCAGUACGGUUACUCGAAUAACGCAAGCUCUGUCACCGAGGAAGGCUACCCUUUGGCGCAGACCCAACCCCUCACAGCCAUUGAGGAGGGUAUCAAUAACCUAGAGGGCAUGGUCAACUUCGAUCAUAUGCACGCGUACGAGCACUUUCCCGAGCGCCCCCCACCCGAUAUCCGUGUCGACACCACCAUGAGCGGAUCAAGCUACCGCGGCGGGCCCUUCUAUUCGCCAGAGACCCCACACACCCCGAGCCAGUACUCCGCCACCAUGUCACCGAUGUCGAACACUCUUUCUUCUCCUACCCGGUCCGGCCCCGUCACGCCUGCCAACCAGCAAUCUCAAGGCCUCUAUCCGCCUUCAUUCGCGGUUGCUUCUCCCAACAACACCUACCAGGCGGACUACAAUCACAACAUGUACAAUAUGCACCACAAUGUCAAGCAGGAGUCGAGCUCCCCGUACUUGACGCAUCCAGGUCGUCUUCGCUCGGCUUCUGACGCGUCAUCGUCUUCCUUUCACCGCUACUCUUCCUACUCGUCUGCUUCAGCAUCGCCGUACCAUGGUCCCGCCCCAGCAUUUCCGCCCAGCUCGCCUGUUGCUGCGCGCGGCGCCACCUACUUCAGCCGCGACAUGGCCCCUGGCCGUGGGCGCAUGAUCCCUCAAUCCAAGUACCGGCCGCACACAGCAGCGGAUCGCGAUCGCUACGUCAACAAGAUCCAGUUGCACGAGCCAGUUCACUUCAACACCACGGACCCGGCCGUCGUUGGCAUCACCCUCUCCGAUGCUCUGGCUGGCAAGUAUCAGCAGCUCGAUGGUCGCGAUGACCGGCUCUUCCUACAGUGUGGCCCGUCGAUCUCCAUCCGUAUCAAUUGGGCAGGAUGUUACCCUCCGUGGUCGCGACAGAUUCCCACGCGCGACUUCAAGAACCCGCCAGGGCCCGUCACGCGUUCCAAGGUGGCGAAGAAUGUGGCCCGCUCGGUGCAGCGCUUCAUUGACGAGAUGAACAACAAGGCGCUCGAGGAUGACGCGGACCCCAGCUGGGCUGUUGGGCGUGUGCGCAACGGCAUCGUCCUCGAGGACCUCGCGCUCGUCCGCCUCGAGCACGUUUCCAAAGGAAGCUGGCAGGCGCAUCUCUGCUUCGCCAGCGCAAGCAUCGAGAAAGGCCCUCUUUAA